CUGCUCGCUCUUCUGUCAGGUGAGGAAGAAGAAACCAGGACAGGACAGGACAGGACAGGCCGGGUACCAAGAGUUCCCGCGCGGGCACAUCGCGAUAAUUGGCCGGUUUCAGAGGGGGUUCCAAACGGUAGCCAGCCAAGUUUAUAAGUCUCCUUGGCCCACGGCAGCACAGGCAAGGUGUUUGUUAGGAUGUGUACAUAGUCCCGGCUUUUUCAAGUCUCCUCAUCUUCCUCUUCUUUAGAUCUCAUUUCAAAACUGCAGUAGCUGGGAAUUUGGCGGGCGCUCUGGACGACAAAACGCAAGAACACAGUGACGUGGUAGCUACCGAGCGAUUCAUCAGGAGGGAGAUACGGUAUAAAACACUCUGCUGCUUUCUGAUCCUCACGGUGUGACGGGCAAGGACUGGACGCUUGUGUAGAGAAAUCACGGCAACUUUUAACUUUUUCUUUAUUUAAAAAACCCAACCCAAAAACAGGGUGAAACUGCAGCCUGAAAACCUAGGAUAGUACCUGAAAGCGUGCUUUAAAAAAAAGGACAUUGUCUUUGUGAAUUGAAGGAUCGUAGCAAAGUAGACAUUUUAUUUCCCUAGAGAGGUGGUUCUAAACAAUUUCUGCUGUGGAAUCUUUCGGGUGACUAGAAAUCGUUUUGAAGCAGGUUUCCCCGUCUCUAUUCGUUUCCCAUAUUUCUUGCGACUUAAUACUACUAUCACGCCUAGUUUGCCAUGGGGGUGUCUGUGAGAUGCUGCUGUUUCCUGCUGCUGUCGCUGCUGCUGCUCCAGCACUCGUACAGCGUGAACGUGAGUCAGAUCUGCAGACACCGCUGUCUGUACGGACGAGGCGGCAUCCUGUGUAACUGUAACGCCAUGCACUUCGCCGGCAAGAGGAACAACAAAGCCACAUCUAUGUACGCCCCACCGCUCCGACCUACAGUAGCCGCGAGGCUGGCCGCGACUCCAGACAUAGCGGCACAGGUGGGAGCUGAGGAAGAAAAGAUCGCCACAUCCCGGAGGUUACGAUUCGAGGGACUAGAGGACGAGUUGGACGAGAUCCCGUCGUUCUUCGCUUCGAGUCGUGGGAACGAGGACGGGUCGGCGUCUGGAGUGGUCCCCGGGAAAAAUGUCGGGGCCGCGGCAAACAGAGGAAGCAGCGUGGGUUUAUCGAGAGAUUCGGACGCUGUAUCAACAGGAUCGCUCAGCGGAGACAGGCACAGAGGAGCACGGCCGGCCUUUUUGUAUCCCGACUCGGCGGCCGGAGAAAACAGGAGACAAACCUCCGAGGCGGACGAGACGGCAGAAGAUGAUGGAUUGGUCGGCCUCUGGGACAGGAAUCUCAUCGAUAACUUCAUCGCCGAACUGGAGCAGAACGUUGCAGCGGCCGCUGAGCUGACGAACGGCUUCUCGGACAACACAAACGGUAACGAUAACGACAAUAAUAAUAUCGCAAGCGCCAACAACGAGUACGACGGCAGAAGAAGAAUGGUUGGUGGUUCAAACGCCGUGCUGGAAGGGAGUCUGCCCUAUCUUCUCUUCAGCAAGCAGCGGGACAGACUUGCGGACAGACUGGCGGACAGACAGCGGGGACAGAGAGAGGGGGAGGAGAUGUACGACCCCAUGUUGAGAUCUGCUGACCUCCUUCUGUCCGCCUCUCGGGCUGGCCCUUCCUCUGUAGCACAGCACCAGGCUCGCCGGCUCUCCAACAACAACGACCACCGUGGUGACGUCACAGGGUCUGGGAGAGACAGAAGUACGGAUCACAUGACCAAACUGCAGAGGAUUUUCCACCAGGCCGUGCACAAAAG